AUGUUCGACGUGAAGGUAGAUUCUGGUCUUCUUGCAUUCAACACUCAUCUUGCAGACAAUGCGUUUGCGACAGGAUUUUCGUUAGCAGGCGAAGAUGCAUGCUUAUUUUCUGGCAUUGGAGGCAAAGUAGAUGAAAAAAAGUACCCCAAUGUUGCUCGUUGGUACAGAAAUAUUGCCAGUUACACUGAUGAGGAAAGGAAGCAAUGGCCUGUUGCUUGUCCAUCCGGAACACAUGCAAAGGAACCAGAAAACGACGAAGACAUCGAUUUAUUUGGAUCUGAUGACGAAGAGGACGAAGAAAAAGCAAAGAUUGUACAGGAAAGGCUUAAGGAAUAUGCGGAAAGGAAAGCUAAGAAAGGGCCGAAAGAGGCAGCAAAGUCUAACGUGAUAUUUGAUGUCAAACCAUGGGACGACACAAUCGACCUGGGUGAGAUGGAGAAACAUGUGCGUGCAAUACAAUGUGAUGGUUUGGUGUGGGGAGGUGCUAAAACCCUUCCUGUCGCGUAUGGUGUAAACAAGCUUCAGAUUUGUUGCGUGAUCGAGGAUGAAAAGGUAUCAACUGAUUGGUUGGAGGAACAGAUGACAGAUAUAAGCGACCUAGUGCAAUCAGUCGAUGUGGUCGCGUUUAACAAAGUCUAG